UUGAUUUCUCAUCGAGGACACACAUAUUGAAUGCUAAAUUUAAUUGUUUUUGGGCUGAGCCCCCCGAGCCCACCUUCUCGAAACCAGGGGGGGCGAAGCCCCCCAGGAUUGCCCCUGUCCUGCCUACGUCGACAAAAAGUGCCAAACUGGCACAAACCGCGGGCAGCGCUGCCUGCAGGCGGUCGUACCAUGGGGGGGCUUACGUGCUCACCAAGUCCAAGUGUGCAACCACUGCGGGACGGUGUGGGGACGUGACGUCAACUCCGCAACCAACAUCCGGCACGCGCUGGUGGAAAUGCUGCUGGGGCACAAGCGACCUGCAUCGCUGCAGACUGGCGGCGGCGGCGGCGGCGGCGGCGGCGGCGGCGGCGGCGGCAGCGGCGGCGGCGGCAGCGGCGGCGGCGGCAGCGGCAGCGGCGGCGGCGCGUGCGCGCAUCUUGGUAGCGGAGGGGGCGGGAAAGGCCACGUGGAGGAGGAGAGCGCAGCGCCGCCCAUGAAGCGGCGCAAGCGCGCAGGCUGAGGAGCCGGCUGGUGUCUUGGUAGCGGUCCGCGGUGGGGCUGGCAGGGCAUGCGUAGCGGCAUGACAAGUAGUGCGGCUGUUGACAACUGUUCUUCGUCUGGCUGCGGUUGGCUCUGCUGUGGCAUCGCGACUGCUAGAUAGGCACCUAGUUUGGCUAUGUGCCUGUUGAAACCGACCCCGGCUAUGUCCGGGCGAUGAGGUUGUUCGGCCUCAGACUGUGGAGGGGCUCAGCCCCUUUUCCCGUGACCGGGGAACACUUGUCUCAUCGAGGACACACAUACUGCAAGCCUGAGCUCGCUCAACGAUGGCCCAGUGCAACCUCUCCUCUCCUUUUCCUCAGCUGUUUCCGCGGCAGAGGCGCUUACGUUGCAACCGCAUGGCGGAGGCGCUUACGGGGCAAGGCUGCCAGGUGCGCAGCAGGUCUGCGUUCGCAGCUGCUAGUGCCACGUAAACUCAUGGUUGGACAAAAGCUUAUCGGGACCACUGUUUGCAAACUUGUGGACUGCAGAGAUCUCGCCGCCUGCUUCCCCUCGCAACUUCACCAGCUUCCGCAGCUUCGGCUCAGCCUGCGGCCCCACAUGACGGGGGUACUGACGAAGGGGGAAGCGGCGGGCGGGGAGGGCCGACCACGCCCACCGGCUCGCCGCCUGCUGGUGACGGCGAUCAGUGGUGGUGGCGGAACUUUGUCACCAGCGUGCAGUACAGCUCUAGCUGGGGAGCGUUCUUCUUGGCCGCUGCAUUAUACUUCGGCUUCGGCCAGAUAGGCCAGGGCAUUGGCCGGAUAGGCCAGGGCAUUGGCCAGCUGGGGGAUGGCCUGAAGAUUGGCCUGGCCAACUUUGCGUGCGGCCUGGACGCUGAGGGGUCCAAAGGCGGCGGCUUGAAGUAGGGCGGCCAGCAGCGCGGGGCAGUGGCCUGGGAGACGGGCUGAGGGACGGCCUGGGGACCAUGGGCAGCGGCCUGGGAGACGGGCUGAAGGGCGGGAUUGCUGCUGGCGUUGAGCCCGUCAAGGAGGGCAACAAGGCUGCGGGCAAUUCGUUCUCCAAAGCAUUUUCAGCAGCCAUGAAUAAGGGGGCCAUGUUCCGCAGCGUAUGUAGCGCUACCACGCCAGUUAUUGGCCUCUUGAGCUGGCUGUUUCCGUGUUGGCGCUAAAGCAUAUCCCGGCAUGAAUGCGUGUAGUAACGUGUGCCUUAACGUGUGCAUGAACGUCGAUGUGGUGUAUGCAAGGGAUGUCUGGGGUUCGGGGAUGCGUUUGUCGUUCAUUGAUGAUGGGAAUGCUCACUUGGUUGGCCCGGCACGGUGUAUUGUGUGCGAGACCGGAGUAAGGGACUAAGGGAAAGGCACAUGUACUUCCUCCGCAUUUGCAUUCUAGCGCACGUCUGCUGUGACUUGGGAGGGGCAAAAGUUUGAGUGGCCGUCAACACGUUCAACGCAAGAGCGGGGUUGGCUAUGACUGGUUCAGGGGGGUCCUGCAGUGGCCCUUGAGCUUUGUUCACGAGCGGCUAGCAAUGGGCAGCGUUGUAAUAUACAUCGGGCCCGCGGCCGCCAAGUUUGCAGAGCUUUUCAGUGCUGUCGGGAGCGUGCCAGGAUAGAUGUAAUGCGUGGGCGCUGCCCUGCGAUAGGAAUGAUCACGAAGGCCAACGGGACGAAGAGCAUUGAAGUGUUAUUAAGUGUACAGACACACGCGCAGAGUGUACUUUUUGGCGUCGUGGCAGUGCGGAGCAGAAUUGCUUGCUCACGGUGUGGUCAUGCUGUGGCCCAUUGGCCUGAAUAACAUUGUACAGUAGAGAGUACGAGAGGCUGCAUUAUGUAGACUUGCCUGGGAGACGGACUGCAAUGGGAAGGUGCUGGGCGCGUGUGUCAGCGCGCAUGUGCAUAGUGCGAAACACCCUGCGCCCAUAACUCCUGUCUGCAGAAAUAGAGAGCACUGGUAAUGCGUGACUGGCUGUGGCGACACGUGCUACUUUAUGUCACUAGAUGAUAGAAUGCGUGAGGAAGGCGGUGGGUGCGCGUGUCAGCACUAGUGUGCAUGGUGUGGAAGCGCUGCAGCCUGGACUUGGCAUGAAUAAUGCUGCUACGCGGCUGUGAUAUUGGGAGCGUUGGUAUCUAUGAAUGGCUGCCCGCCAAACGGAAGGUGCUGGGCUCCGGCCCAUGACUUGGCCUUGAGUAAAUGUCGGGUAAAGGCAACGUGCAACGGACUGGCUGAAUACCUCCGUGCUUAUGGCCUGCUGAGUCGUGUAUAUGUUGUGAGAAGGUUGGCGGGCAUCAGCGAACAACAACCAAACAACUGGCAAGACAUGUUUGUAACAUGGAACGUGU